AUGGAAUUGGCGCCUGCGGCCCAGGCUUCACACGUGAAGCGCGCCAUUGAUUUGUUCUCCGCUUCAACUGCUGAAACAGCGAAACACGCCCUCGUGUUCGAGUCCCUCACUCCUCUGCAGCAGAAAGCUAUCAAGCUCGCAGAAGACGCGCUCAUGAGCCGCCUACAGCCAGGGCAGCGAGCCCUCCGCCGUAACAUCGUCCGCGACCUGCAGCAGCAGGGUUACGACAAACUGGUGGUGCAGCGGGCAAUCUCUAUUCUUGUACGGCGAGGGCAAUAUCUAUUCUUGUGCGACGAGGUGACCUCCAAGAAAGAGGAGAUCGCUCCAUCAGGAGGCCGUGAGAAAGCAAAGGUGUAUUUAUUAAUUCUGUCGCCGGCGUAG